AUAGCAUCAAUUAAUAUAAAUAUUAUUAUAGCCUUUAUACUUGCCCUCGCAGGAGUCCUUAUUUACCGUUCUCACCUUAUAUCCACCCUACUAUGUUUAGAAGGCAUAAUAUUAUCCUUAUUUAUCUUAACAGUCCUCCUCAUUUCUCAAUCCCACAUAUUCUCUGCUUCAAUAACACCGUUAAUUCUCCUCGUAUUCUCCGCCUGCGAAGCAGGAGUAGGGUUGGCUCUAUUAGUAACCAUUUCUAACACUUACGGAAAUGACCACGUGCAGAACCUAAACCUCCUACAAUGCUAA